AUGAGAUUCUUCCGACUUGCAACGGCGGCCACCGCCGUUGGCACCGUCUCAGCCUCAUCUUUCCAAAACAGCACAUACGACUACAUCAUCGUUGGAGGCGGUCCUUCUGGUAUCAUCACAGCCGAGCGCAUCGCUGAGGCCGGCAAACGCGUUCUUCUUCUAGAGCGCGGUUAUGGUCCGACUGUCUCUACGGGGUCCAACGAAACUCUAGUAUGGAACAACACUCUCACUGGGAUCGAUGUCCCUGGCCUCUCCGGAGAUAUCGGUAGUCUCCCUGAGUGGGACCAGUAUAUCUGCAAGGAUACUGCUGGUGAAGCUGCGUGUGUUCUGGGUGGCGGUGUAACGGUGAACUAUAUGGUCUUCGUGCACCCUCCUGAACGCGAUUUCAAUGACAAGUGGCCCCAAGGAUGGAAGUGGGCUGAUAUGAAGUCAGCUGCAGGUCGUUUGUAUGAGCGGAACCCUGGUUCAUCGUUGCCUUCGCAGGAUGGCAAACUCUACGACCAAAAUCUGUACACCACUCUCAAGGGUUUCUUCAGCAACCUUGGCUGGACUUCAAUUGAUAUGUCGAAGCAGGCCAAUGAGAAGCACCAGGUAUACAGCCAUCCUACAUGGAAUAUUCAAAACCAGAAGCGUGCCGGUCCAGUACGAACCUACCUUCCUCUCGCCGAGCAACAUGACAACUUCCAGCUCAGCAUGGGCACUAAGGUUAUCCGCCUUAUGAGAUCUGGUGGCCAAGUUACAGGUGUCGAAGUGGAACUGGCGUCGAACGAGACAGAAAUCAUCACUUUGCCUCCUCAUGGUCGUGUCAUUCUCUCUGCAGGAGCUUUGUCAACCCCUCGUGUUCUCUGGAAUUCCGGCAUUGGCCGCAAGGCUCAGAUUGAGGUUGCCCAGCAGAGUGGAAUCAGUCUCCCAGACGAACAGGAAUGGAUCGACCUCCCUGUCGGCGACGGCUUGAAGGAUCACCCUAUUUUCCCCUUCGUUGUGAAGACCAAUGGCUCAUUCAACGUCCCUGACUACGCUGCAAUUGUCAAUGGCUCGGAUACCUCUGAUAUCUCGCUCUACGGCGAGGGAGAUGGUCUGUUAGCCCAGGGCAAGCACCGCAUGAUUUUCUUCACUUCCAACAAUGUGGAUGGCCAAACUCGUUACUACCAGGGAUCCUGUGCUCCAUCUGCCGAGGGGACAGUCUCCAUUACCGCUUACAUGACCCACGGCGCUACCUCCUCCGGCGUACUCGGUCUUGAUGUCGAUGGUAAUACAAUUUUUCUCAAGACCCCGUACCUCAACACCAUGGGCGACCAGGCAGCGGCGGAGAACUUUGUUCAAUCCUUGAUCGACGAUGUCAAUGCUGCUGGAUGGGAAUUAGAGACCUACACAAAUGCUUCUUCAAUCAUCGAGAACUACACCCAAGGCGUUCACUGGACAACUACUGCCAAGAUUGGUACAGAUGACGGACGCAAGAUCGGUGGUUCAUCCGUUGUUGACCUUGACGCCAAGGUCUAUGGCACGAACAACCUGUUUAUUGUUGACGGAAGUAUUCACCCUGACCUCCCCUCCGGCAACAUCCAGGCCACUAUCAUGGUCGUUGCCGAGGCUGCAGUCGCUAAAAUCCUUGCGCUAUAA